UCAAAGGACUUAAAUGACAUGAAGACGACUGUGGAUUUACUGAAUUCUACAUUGAGAACCAUGCUGUCAGAAAUCAUAAAAUUGCAAACAGGGGCAACAAACAGACAAGUAAUUGCGUUCACAUCCUGUCUUGGAUAUUCCUCGCCGAGAGUGUUCGGGCCUCACCAGACAAUCAUAUUCGACCGUGUAAUCCUUAACGAAGGAGGAUCAUAUGACGCAAGACAUGGGGUAUUUCGGGCACCCGUUAGCGGUGUGUAUCAGUUUAUUGUUACCUUCAUCAUGGUGCAGCACCAAACAGCUUGGAUUGAAAUAAUAAAAGAUGGUGUUCAGCUGGUUUACUCGUGGGCAGGUUUGACCGAUUACAAUACAGCAACUGCGCAAGUGAACGUACGGGUAGAAGCAGGACAGGAUGUCUGGUGUCGAAAUGCGUACACAACUGAUGCAACUCACUUACAUAAUGAGGGGCAGUAUUCAUGUUUUUCUGGACAUAUUCUUUCAUAAAAGUUGAUAUACAUAAAAAAGAUGU